UUUGGUUCACUGAACACGGGUUCACCUGAGCAGUGUUUUCCAGGCGCCAUUAACAGGGAUAGCAGACCGUGAGAUUGGACAUGGCUAAUUAAGGCGAUUAUAUCUGUCGUUGCGCAUCUUCAGGAACCAUUGCAAAAGACAGUCAUAAUGCUGGGAAUCGACAGAGAUGAAAAGAAGCGCAGACAUUUUACUUUGCUUCACGAGAACAUAGAAUUCCGUUACCACCAUGAGAACCAUGGGAAGAUCUAUUGGGCGUGUAAGGUGGCGGGCUGUCCGGGGAUGGUGGAGGAGGAUCAUUAUAAAAUGAAGCUGAUAAGGAACCACGACCAUUCCAGAGGCGUGAAGAUUCCACCUUCAAAGAGAUGGCAGAGCAAUCCCUGGUACCACAAUGACACCACAGAUAACUAUAAAUACGACCCAACAGAAGCCUACAAUAUCAACAACAGUAUAAAGACAACGAAACCCCCUAAGCCGGCUCCUAUACCGCCAUCAUGGCAUUCAAAGGGAGAUAAUCGGACUCCUAGAUUCUAUUAUUUUGACAUGCCGCCCAGUAAAAGUCAAACAAAAUCGUUACCCGCCUCUGUUGUUCGUGGAUAUCCUCCAGGCGGACUAAAGAGAAACUAUCAUGACUCUGAUCCUAACAUGUCAGAUGGGACGGAGAGCCUGCGGUCAAUGAUGGAGUGUAACACCUACAGACAGCAGAGGUUCUGGAUCGUGAUGGGGAUACUGGGACUGGUGGCGCUCUCCAUUGUAGCCAUAGCACUCUCCUUCUACUUCAUUGGUGAGCGAUGA